AUGCCUGACGUCCAACAAGAGAUCGAGGAAUCCAUCGAGUCUCAAUUUCCUGCUUGUGAUGACUGGACUGAGGUCAAUGUGGUUGACUGCAUAACUCAAAUUGUUGCCCGGGUCUCAAGCCGCAUGUUUGGGGGCCAGGUUCUCAGUCGAAACAAAGAGUGGAUUGACGCUUCCAUCGCAUUUGCUGUUGAUGGAUUCCAUGGGGCUCAGAAAAUUAAGAAGUAUCCAGAAUUUCUCAAGCCCAUUGCCAAAUUCUUCAUUCCCGAGAUUAUGUCGAUUCAUAAGCAUUACCGAAUGGCCGAGAAAGCCGCAAUACCCCUUUUGAAAGAGAGGGAAAAGACGGGCGAGAAGGCGUUGGAUUUGCUUUACUGGAUGGCCGAACAGGCUAAAGGCGACGAGAAGGACCACAAAUUCCUGGCCGGUAUUCUGCUGAAAGUCAGUUUCGCUGCUAUCCACACCAGUGCAGCUGCGACGUCUCAGUUGAUCUACGAUCUCUGCGCUAUGCCGGAGUACAUACAGCCGACGCGACGAGAUCAACAGCUCACUUUUCAACGUGUCAUCACCGAAGACUAUGUACUAUCAGAUGGCUUUGUGAUUCCUGCCAAUACAACAAUUGGAGUUCCUACCCAGGGAAUUUCCAUGGAUCCCAAGAUCUACAACGACCCCACCAAGUUUGAUGGUUUCCGAUUCGAGAAACUGCGUCAGGAUCCGGAGCAAAAUGGCAAGGCCCAGUACGCUGCGAGCAAUCACAGUUCAAUGUCGUUUGGCUACGGCCGUCAUGCCUGUCCAGGUCGGUUCUUCGCCGCUAACGAAAUUAAGGCGAUUAUGGCAUACCUGUUACAGAAUUAUGAUAUGAAGUUUAAAGAGGGGCAGAAAAGGCCAGAGAGUUUACUCUUUGAAACGCAAUACUUGCCAAAUAUGACAGCGACAGUGAUGUUCAAGAGGAGAAGGAAUGUUUGA